UUCACGAGGGUGCACGUAACUGGCAUUUAUCAUUUUGCAAGAACGAUUUUUAAUGUACAAAGAAUGUGUGUAUUCGAAUCGCACGACAAUACAUAUCUAUGUACUUAGAUAAAAAAGGAACUAUGUGAUGUAGUUUAUAGUACUUUGUCAAUUUAUAGAAAUUACUUGUAAGUAAAUUAGACAAAGACAUGUACUGUUAAUGCAGUCACACUAGCUAGAUUGAGAAAAGACUGAUAGCCUAAGGAUAUACAAGCUGCAAUACGUCUUUGUCAACAUAAAGAACAUAUAGAGUUAUGGCCCAAGAGGAACCAGAAUUAAAGAAGUUGAAACAUUCUGUUAUAUCAGAUCAUGUCUAUUUACCUGACUUUCAGAAACUCUUUUAUGAGCAUUGGCAUAAUUUUAGUGACAUAAAAAAGGAUAACCUUGAAAUGAUAUCACAACCUUUUAGAGUAUGCAAAAUUUCCCAUUUUCUUCGUAACGAAGACUUCAUGGAUGAAAUAAAAAAUGAAUUAUUGGAUGUCAAAAGUAGAAGGAACAGUAUAGAUCUAUAUCAGUUUGAGCAGACCAGUGAUCUGGCUAAUGUGGACACUAAGAACUUAAAGUUAUUGUAUGAAACAUUUCAAACAGAUCUAGCAACAUGGAUGGAACAGAAUACUAAGAUAGAUCUUAAUAAAAAAAUAUCUAUGUCUAGCUCCUGUUAUUCUGAUACAGAUUAUUUGUUAUGUCAUGAUGAUAAUAUGGGUGAUAGGAGAAUUGCUUUUAUACUGUAUCUUUCAAAGAAUUGGACAGUGGAAGAUGGAGGAGCUCUAGAUCUAUUCGACACGGAUGGAAAUGGAUUACCCAGAAAUGUUGUUAAAUCACUAGUACCAGAAUACAAUUCCCUUGUAUUUUUUGAAGUUGUAGAUAACUCAUAUCAUCAAGUAGCUGAGGUAAUUUCCCCAGAGAAGUCUCGUUGGAGUAUUAAUGGUUGGUUUCAUGGUCCUUUAAGAGAGAGUAACAAACCUCCACGACCCGAUACUGAACCAAACUACAUAGGACCGGUGAACAAGCAUGUAUCAUUGGACAAUUGGAUAACAAUGUGUUACCUGCUUCCUGGAAUAGUCAAGGAGAUUCAACAGGACAUGGAACAAGAAUCAUUUGCGUUUCUAUCCAAUUUUUUGGUAGAUGACAUUUAUGAAAAACUUGCGACAGAUGUGUCAUCGGGUGCAAUUGUCUGGCAAAAAGUAGGUCCAGCAGAUAUCUGUAACUAUGAAAUAGCAAAGGAGGAAACCUUGCCAGAGUUACUGAAGGAGUUCUACAAUAUGUUUAAGUCCAUCUCAAUGUUUCAACUGCUGAAGGAUUAUACGGAAUUGGAUCUUGUACCAGAGAAAGAAACAAUGAAGCCUAAGAUGCUGAUCGAGCUGCAGAGAUGGUCCAAAGGUUGCUACACACUGAUAUCCGAUAAAUCUUUGUUAAAUGACGCUACUGGUCCAAUUAAUGAAAAAAAAUCGAGUAAUGGGUGUAUGAAUAAAGACGAGGAAGGCCAAGAUGAUUCAUUGGACACUCCUAGGGCCAGCAAAAGCAAUAGAAACUGCCGUGAAAAAUGGAUAGCCAAUAACGAUAGCAAGAACGAAGAAUCGGGCUGUAAUAGUCCGACAAGUAAUAAAGAAGACGAAGAAGUCAAUGAAGACGAGGUACUAAAGAUAAUCUUGAAGGGAAAGUCUCCUCGACUGAAGAAGAAGAAUUUGUCUCAGCAGUCUUCUUCGUCAAAAUUAGAGAAUAUUUCACCGCAAAAGUUGGCUAGGGUCUUAGACACCGACGAUUCGGACGUGUCAGACAUUGGGGAUUACUUGUCGGAUCCCUUAGACUGUUCCCUCGAGUGUUCUGAUCAGGAAGAAGACAUGGAUGACGCGAAUGCAUCAGAGCCAGGAACUCUGGACGUGAUAAUUCAAUUCCACACGGGUCACGUACCCGAGGAAGACACUAUAGAUUAUGUAGACCCUAGAGAGCAAGAAGGUGCACUGAUUCACGUACCCGCGAAGAACAACCACCUUUGUCUAGUUUACAAGACCCUGGGCACUUCUCGUGUUCACAAGUACGUGAAUCAUUAUUGUACAGAUUACUUCUACAAUUUAAUUUGUACAUAUUACGAAUAAUUCCACUGGCGAGUUCAGGAAUUGUGUAAUGAAUCGCGGACGAACAGCGUUCGCUUUAAAAAUGUAUCAUAGUAUUCGUAUUAAUAAAAUUGUCAGUAUUUAU